AACUGUAUUAAAUAAAAAUAAAACAAGCAUAAAUUUUACAACAACAAUCGUAAUAAGGUAACAAAAUUCGCAAUAAUGGCCAAGACUCCAGCCGUGGGCAUAGAUUUAGGGACCACCUAUUCCUGUGUGGGUGUUUGGCAGAAUAGUAAAGUUGAGAUUAUAGCCAAUGACCAGGGCAAUCGUACAACCCCAUCCUAUGUGGCCUUCAAUGAUACAGAGCGUUUGAUUGGCGAUGCGGCCAAGAAUCAGGUGGCCAUGAAUGCCAACAACACGGUCUUUGAUGCCAAACGUUUGAUUGGAAGAAAAUUCGAUGAUCCAAAAAUCGCAGAGGAUCUUAAGCACUGGCCAUUCAAGGUUGUAAAUGAGAAUGGCAAACCCAAAAUCGAGGUAGAAUUUAAGGGCGAGCGCAAGCGUUUUGCUCCCGAAGAGAUUAGCUCCAUGGUGUUGACCAAGAUGCGUGAGGUUGCCGAAGUCUAUUUGGGGGCCAAGGUAAAGGAUGCCGUCAUCACAGUGCCGGCCUAUUUCAAUGAUUCGCAGCGUCAGGCUACCAAGGAUGCUGGUUCGAUUGCUGGCCUAAACGUUUUACGUAUCAUCAACGAGCCGACAGCUGCUGCUCUAGCUUAUGGUUUGGAUAAGAACUUGAAUGGCGAACGGAAUGUGCUUAUCUUUGAUCUGGGCGGUGGUACAUUCGAUGUAUCGAUACUCACCAUUGACGAGGGCUCUCUCUUCGAGGUGAGAUCCACGGCGGGCGACACACAUUUGGGUGGCGAAGACUUUGACAAUCGUCUGGUCAACUAUUUCCUGGAAGAAUUUAGACGUAAGCAUAAGGCAGAUAUUAGGGGGAAUGCCCGUGCAAUGCGCCGUUUGCGUACAGCCUGUGAGCGAGCUAAGCGUACGUUAUCCUCGAGCACUGAAGCCUCUCUAGAGAUCGAUGCCUUGCAUGAGGGCAUUGAUUUUUAUUCAAAGAUCUCUCGGGCACGUUUCGAGGAGCUGAACAUGGAUCUAUUCCGUUCCACCAUGCAGCCUGUGGAACGUGCCCUUCGUGACGCCAAGAUGGAUAAGAAGGCCAUUCAUGAUGUGGUCUUGGUCGGUGGAUCCACACGAAUUCCUAAGAUUCAGCGUCUGCUGCAGGACUUUUUUGGUGGUAAGCAGCUGAACUUGUCCAUCAAUCCAGAUGAGGCUGUGGCUUAUGGAGCAGCCGUCCAGGCGGCCAUAUUAACGGGCGUUGGUAGCUCAAAGAUUCAGGAUCUAUUGCUGGUGGAUGUUAUACCACUCUCUCUGGGCAUCGAGACGGCUGGCGGUGUGAUGACCAAGUUGGUGGAUCGUAAUGCGCGAAUUCCCUGCAAACAGCAGCAAAUAUUCACCACCUACAGUGACAAUCAGAAUGCUGUCACCAUCCAGGUGUUUGAGGGCGAACGUGCCAUGACCAAGGAUAACAAUACGUUGGGCAACUUUAACCUGGGAGGCAUUCCACCAGCACCGCGUGGUGUUCCCCAAAUCUGUGUGACCUUUGACGUAAAUGCUGAUGGCAUUUUGAAUGUAAGUGCCAAAGACAAUAGCACUGGGAAACUGGAGAAGAUCACCAUUACCAAUGACAAGGGUCGCCUGUCCAAGGCCGAAAUCGAUCGCAUGUUGGCCGAUGCAGAAAAAUUUAAAGCGGAAGAUGACUGCCAUCGCGAACGGGUCAAGGCACGCAACAGUCUAGAGAGUUAUGUCUACGGCUGCAAGCAAGCUGUGGACGAUGCCCCAUCCGGAACUAUCAACGAUUCCGAACGCAAAAAGGUUCGUGAUAAAUGUGCAUCUGAAUCUUCCUGGCUAGAUGCCAAUACACUGGCCGAAAAGGACGAAUACGAACAUCAUCUAAAGGAAAGUCAACGUGUUUGCGGUCCCAUUAUGACCAAGUUGCAUGGCUCCACUGGCGGAUCUGGUGGAUCAUCUCACGGUAAACAGCAAACGGGUCCAACUGUGGAGGAGGUUGACUAGCUGAGCGGUCUUCUGCUCCUUUUUCUUCUUCGUUUGCUCCAGUAUUACUUACAGACAAUUUAUUCGGCCGUGUUUUUGUGAACAUAUUGAAUAUGUAUUUCAAAAUAAAUUAACAAGUCAUUAACUAGGUGGCCGAACAUUAAAACA